GAACUUUUUGUUGGAAUGCUUGCACACAGUUGGUCGGAAUGGCAAGGGCUGGGAAGAAACGAAUAGCAUUGCAACCCUUUCAGCAGGCAGUUGGCAUAUGGCUAGGUGUCUGCCUGCUCAGCUUUUGGACAGCAUUCCCUAUUGAAUGGAUGCUAAUGUCUGCGUUGACGAUCACAAUAUUUAUACAAGCAUAUGAACUGGGUGCCAUUGUUUUUUCUGCUCUUUUAUUUUUAAUUUUUGUAUCGGAUCUCCUAGUGUACUGGUUAAUACCCUACGAAGUAACAACAUUCCACGCAUCCUUCACUGUCCACACGUUCCUUGUAUAUGGCAUGCAUGGGUUCGGUCUUUCCCUCGACGUUGCAAACAUGAAAAGUUGGCUGAUCGUGCUAGCUAUGAUUGUGCUCCGCUUCACAGUUUGGGAUCCAUGGAUUCAUGUGGCACCCCCAUCAUUUAUGGCUCCCGUCGCAGCACAUUGCACUGUUACUGGAGCAUACUACCUCUUUUGGAAGGUUCUCUUCCUGAGCUAUAAAAACUUUGAUCAGAUCAGCUUCUUCUUUGGUGUUCUCUUACCAGAUGAACCUGUGAUUGUCAUCAAAGAUAUAACGGAAACGACCUCUAAUAUCUAUUGGAGAGCGGAACCUGUUUAUGGAGUGGAAGUGCAGCGGCAUCUGAUUGAAGUCAACGGUAUUGUAGUUGGCGAAACGUCCAAGGAUGAAACGAGCGUGCUUCUUACGGGACUGCGACCCGAGACCCGCCAUAGGGUUCGCGUUUGGGCAUGUGCGGGAAGACGAACAAGAACGCCAUCAAAGACUGUUUUGAUGAAGACAUUGAAGUCGUCACCAAAGGCGUCUGAGGACAAAGGUAGAGCGAUCUCCGAUAGCCAUAUGAAUACUGAUAAACCGGAACCUUGCUGCGAGGAGCGUCAACUAGAUGAGCAGCUAGCGCGCGUAAACGAAGAGAUUGCGUCUUUGAAGAAGCAGCGGACUGAGAUCGAAGAAUCUCAAGUGGAUGCAGAGGAGCAAUUUCAAAGAGAGCAAGCAGAGAUCAAUGCUGAGGUUGUUAACCUGAACAAUUCACGAAAAGCUGGUGAAGCGCCUCGGGCGGAGCUGAAAGCGCGCAUCAAAACCUUGGAGGACUACCGGCGCCAGGCGGACGAGUUGACAGCCAAAUUGGAAAACAAACUGACCCGUGAGUUGAAAUUGCGACAAGAGACCAUUGACACAAUGGAGAGUCGAAAACAGGAAAUGGUUGCACUCGAAAAAGAACUGAUCAGAAUACGAGAUGAGUCAAAAGCAGUGAGUACGGAAGCCGAUGCCCGUCAGCAAGACUUGGAGAAGCAUGUACAAGAGCGAGUAGACGAGAUAUCAAAGCUGGAAGGGGAGCUAUCCCACCAGGAAAAGCUGCUGGAUGAAAAUCGGAAGCAGAUUCGCGAAAGAGAAUCUCAACUUCAAACCAUCGAAGCCGACAUCCGCGCAACCGCCACUGAUAGACCCGACUCGAAUACACUCGGCGAAAACUCUUGGUACAAUCUCUUUACUCGUCUGCAGGAGGAACACAAGGUACUCCAAGCCGAUCUCCGUGAAGAAAGUCGCUUGAAAAUGCGGCUUUUGCAACGUUUGGCUGAGCUCAGAGACCGAGAGAGGAGGCGAUUAGAACGCGACCAAGAGAUCCGAAGAGGUGGUGCUGGGAAAUAUGCGACAUGGAGUAGAUCCAAUCGGCCAUCUCCUCUUCCCCCACCUGGAUUCGAGGUCCGACGAGGAACGAAUAACGCUUCCUUUGCCGGUUCUGCGGUACCUGUGUCGCCAGGACCACGUUCAGCAACCGUCACGAGUCCAAGCGUUGGACAUGCUCGGCCAACACAAACGCAAAACUCACCAGGAUUGGGUGGUCAUGACCACCCGGCCCUAGAUAUCAUUCCUCACUACCUCGAUCUUCCCACAGUACCCAUUUCUCCUACCCCAACCCUUGGAUAUCCAGCAACAGCAAGUACAGACUCGCUCUCUUUGUUUAGACAUGGGCCCGUCACUUCCCUCGCUACAGAUCUAGACGAUCGUGAUCCAUUUGGAUUUAGGAAGAUGGUGGUGGAUGGUCGAGUAUUGGAGGACGCGAAGGGUCUCGGUCAGGGGUAUCAAAGACGGGCGUCGUUGGGCGAUGCGAGGAGUGGUAUGGCUGGGGACUGAAAUAGGGGGUAUAUAGAAUCGUUUGCGUGGUUGAGGGUGUCCUACUAUGUUCAGUUCCGCAACCCAUCAAUAGUCUCAAAAUACAUCCUCGACAGCAUGCUGUCCUGCCAUCGUUAGACACAAAUA